GAUGGUUCAGAGUAUUUAGACUUUUCCAUAGAAACUUGAAUCACUAGCCUUAAAAAAUUUUACGCUAAAGGAAGGUGAGCCUGCUCUUUUGUUUACUUUCCAAAAAUAUGAACUCCACUCCUGGGAAGCAUCGUUCUCUAUGUAAAAAUCUUGAGUUCGAAUUUAGCUAAUAAUUCUUUUGUUAAGAUCAUUUUGAAUGUGUGAUUUAUAACGAUUAUUCUUAAAUUAUCAGAUACAUCAUAUUUUAUCUUAAUUUAAAAAAUUAACAAAUCUAUUUAGUUUCGAAUUUUUUGUACCAAAAAAAGAUCCCUCUUUGGACACUGAAGCCUGUUAGGGUUCUUUGUACGGAAAAAAUCUCAUUUGAGAUUAGGCCCCAUUCCCUUUCCACCUAAUACGUUAAACACCCAAAUUAGACCCUUGUCGUCUUCUUCUUCUUCAAGUGGUAGAUUGUAACGUCUGAUCUUAUCAAACCAUUCCCAAAUAGCACUUUCACCCUCAACAGCUGGUAUUUUUAGCUUGUGAAAAUCCAUCUUUGACUGUGAUGGAGCCGGAUCCGAUUAACAUGCAAGAGAAUGCAAGUUGUCUACUUGAUGAAUCACAGGAACAAACAUUUCAUGCCACAGACAGCAAAACAAAUACCAGACAUGUUCGGUGGACUAGACAAGAAACAAUUGUGCUCAUACAAGCAAAGCUUGCCGUAGAGAACAGAGCACGAUCAAGGAGUAGAUCAUUGUCGAUCUUUGCAUCAGACCAGAAUGAGCCUAAGUGGGAUUCAAUUUCUUCCUAUUGUAAACAGCAUGGCUUUGGCCGAGAACCGGUUCAAUGCCAGAAAAGAUGGAGCAAUCUUCUUAGUGAUUUCAAGAAAAUUAAAACUUGGGAGUUACAGAUGGAGAAAGAGGCUGAAUCAUUCUGGUUGAUGAGAAGUGAUUUGAGAAGAGAAAGAAAAUUGCCUAGUUUAUAUGAUAGGGAAGUUUAUGACAUCUUGGAUGGAAAGGGAUUUGCUAUGGCAGCAACUCCAUUGGCACAUGUUACAGCCAUGACAGAAAUAGAUAACAGCAAUAGAGGUCAAGCAGCAAUAGCAGCAGCAGCAGCAGCAGAGGAAAAGCAGGAAAAUGACGAUGAAGAAGCUGAGGAGGAAAUUGGGCAAGGAAAUGAGAAGGAAACUAUUGCAAUGAGGAGUCCUGUGAAGACAGUUAAUACUCCGUCACCUAUUUCAGGUGAAGCUAAGGAAAAGUGUCCAGGCUCAAUAUCUCGAACAGGAUCUAUGGUUCAGGAGGGACUGAAGCGGAGGCGUUUGUCAAUAGAUGGAAGUGAGGACAAUAAUUGGGCCAAGAUUCUAAAAAGGAACAGUAAUAUCCUAAGUUCUCAGCUUGAAGCUCAAAACAUAAACUACCAACUAGAUAGGGACCAAAGAAAGGAGCAAGCUGAUAACUUAGUGGCUGCCCUCAAUAAGCUCACAGAUGCUAUGGUGAGGAUUGCCAAUAAGUUAUAAGUGAAAACCAAGAUAAGAGAUCUUAGCUUCCUGCAACACAGUGAAGCAAAUGUGAAAAUGAUUCCUGGGUUGGUGGCGCAUGCGAAGCUUCAUUAUCUACAGCCAGCCUUUUAAUUUUUCUUUCCAGAUUACUUCCACAGUUUACGACUAAAAUGAGGCACCAGGUAAGAACAGUUCAGUUCUUAAGCUUUUCUUUCAUUAUGAAAAUCAGAUGCAGUUCUCAAAAUUUUGAAGAUUCUGUUUCUAUUGUAAUGCCACAUAAUGAAUUGCUAAACUUAUAGUUUUCUUGUUUAAUUUCUUCUGAAUCCUUAUGAACCUAGCAAAGAAAGUUUAAGGCUUUUAAGCUUCAUUAGCAGUGUUAAUCAAUAGAUAGCCAUAUCUUUCUGUUUAGAAACCUUGAGAGUUGUUAAGACUUUCUUGUAUAUAUUCUUCCAGUCAAGUUGACAAAAAUGAAAGGGAAAGUACAGAAAUUUACCA